UACAACGCCCCCCAAGACCAGAGCCAACAAUGUAAGAUAAUCCCAGGUUCUAUGCCCCUGCCUGUGCUAGAGAAAAAGGGUGACAUUACCUUGGGGGGACUCUUUUCCCUUCAUGACAUGGUGGUGGAGCCCAGUCUUUCCUUCACCUCUAAGCCUCCUCCCACACAAUGCACCAGAUUUAACUUUAGGACAUUCCGUUGGAUGCAAACUAUGAUCUUUGCCAUCGAGGAGAUCAACAGAGAUGGCAGACUUCUUCCCAACAUCACACUGGGCUAUAAGAUCUAUGAUUCAUGCAGCACACCCCAUCAGGCUCUGAAGGCUGCCUUGGAAUUAAUGGGGAUGGAAAAGGGUUCAGGGUUUGAAGGAGAGAGUAAAGGCACCUGUCAUGGCACCGUACCAGCAGUUAUAGGGGAUGGAGGCUCUACUCAGUCUCUCGUUGUAGCCCGUCUCCUAGGAGUCUUCCAUGUGCCACAGGUUAGUUAUUUCUCCAGCUGUGCCUGUCUCAGUGACAAAAAUGAGUUUCCUGCCUUUUUAAGGACCAUGCCCAGUGACUUCUUCCAGGUGGAUGCACUAGUACAACUUGUUAAGCAUCUUGGCUGGACUUGGGUGGGUGUGAUUGCAGGGGAUGAUGAUUAUGGCCGUGGUGGGGCAAAUAUUUUUGCAGAUAAGGUUAGAAAGUUAGGUGCUUGUGUUGCCCUCCAAGAGAUUAUCCCUAAGAACCGAGCACAGACUGCAAUUUCAUCUAUUGUUUCCAAGAUCCGCUCAUCUGGGGCUCGGGUGAUUCUAGUCUUUGCUGUGGAACAAGAUGCAGCAGCCUUGUUUGAUGAAGCACUAAGAGAGGGGCUCACUGGGAUACAGUGGCUGGCUAGUGAGGCAUGGAGUACGGCUGCCGUCCUCUCCACCCCCAAAAAGUACCACCACAUCCUCCAGGGCUCUAUGGGAUUGGCCAUUCGGCAAGCGAACAUUCCUGGAUUGCAAGACUUUCUGCUUCGCUUGCAUCCCACGACCCCAGAUGCCCUUCAAGAUCCCUUCUUGAUACCUUUCUGGGAAGACGUGUUUCAGUGCAGCCUGGGUUUGCAGGCCGAAAGUCAAGAACAUAGUGUUGAGGGUAAACCUCCAUGCUCUGGAGCAGAAGAGCUGGGGAGUGUGACGAAUAUCUAUUCAGAUGUUUCACAGCUAAGGAUUUCCUACAAUGUCUAUAAGGCAGUGUAUGCCUUUGUCCAUGCGCUCAAGGCUAUGAGAAGCUGUGUGAAAGGAAAAGGGCCAUUUCCUCUACAGGCCUGUCCAGAUGCAGGCAAUAUACAGCCAUGGCAGCUGCUUCAUUACUUAAAACAGGUGGAAUACUUGAAUAUAUUUGGUGAUGAAACCAAGUUUGAUGAGAAUGGCGAACCUGCAGCCAUGUAUGACCUGAUUAACUGGCAGCUGAGACCAAAUGGAGAAAUGGAGUUUGUCACUAUUGGCAAAUUUGAUGAGAUUGCCGGAAAAAAAACCCUCCAGAUCCAGGAAAACAACAUUGUAUGGAAUGGCAAUCAAACCAAAGUUCCCCUGUCAGUAUGCAGCAGCAUUUGUCCCCCAGGUACCCGGAAGGCAAUCAGACCUAACUUCCCUAUGUGUUGCCAUGAUUGUGUGGUUUGUACAGCUGGGGAGAUUAGCAAUCAGACUGAUGCCAUAGAGUGUGUGCGCUGCCUGCCUGAGUUCUGGUCCAGUGCUGAGAGGACUGCCUGUAUCCCCAAAGAGGUGGAGUUCCUCUCCUUUAGCGACACUAUGGGCAUCACCCUGACAGCUAUUUCCCUUAUUGGCUCCUUCUGCACCUGCGUUGUGGUCUUCAUAUUCUCCUGUCACAGAACCACCCCCAUUGUCCGGGCCAACAACUCUGAGCUGAGCUUCCUGCUGCUUUUCUCCUUGACUCUGUGUUUCCUAUGUUCUCUGACCUUCAUUGGCCAGCCUUCUCAGUGGUCCUGCAUGUUACGCCACACAGCAUUUGGGAUCACCUUUGUCCUCUGUAUUUCUUGUAUUCUGGGGAAAACUAUAGUGGUACUAAUGGCCUUCAAGGCUGCACUUCCAGGCAGAAAUAUCAUGAAAUGGUUUGGGCCAAAACAGCAAAAAACAAUCAUUAUCUUUUGUACACUGGUCCAGGUAAUCAUCUGUACAGUGUGGCUGGUUGUUGCUCCCCCCACUCCACGCCAACUGAUACCACGCGAGAGUGCAAUUGUCAUUCUCUUGUGUGAUGAAGGUUCACCCAUAGCAUUUGCUCUGGUUCUGGGCUACAUUGGCUUGCUGGCCAGCCUCUGUCUUGUUUUGGCCUUCCUUGCAAGGACACUCCCGGACAACUUCAACGAGGCCAGACUCAUCACCUUCAGCAUGCUCAUUUUUUGUGCCGUGUGGGUCGCCUUUGUUCCCGCCUACAUCACCUCUCCAGGGAAGUACUCCACAGUCACAGAGGUGUUUGCCAUCUUGGCCUCCAGUUAUGGACUGCUGGGCUGCAUCUUUGCACCAAAGUGCUACAUAAUCCUGCUGAGGCCAGAAAAGAACACUAGGAAACACUUGAUGUCCAAAGUUGCCAUUGACAAAUUUUAG